GCUAAGUCACACAGUGGAGCGAAUUGGCGAGAUUAACCCAAAUAGCCUUCGUUUGUCGGGGAAAACGCUCCGUGUCCGUCGUGUGUAAUAUGCGUUAAGGUGCAGACGGGCGACGCCAUGGACUUCUACAUCAAUCUGAAGGUGAAUUUCAGGGGAAAUUCCAAAAAUUUCCUCCUGUCGGGAUCCGAGACCAAGAGCUGGGAGUCGAUGGAGGCCAUGGUGAAGCGAUCAUUUGGCCUGUGCAGUCUUCAGCUGACCUAUUUCGAUGAGGAGAACGAGGAGGUGUCCAUUAACAGCCAAGUGGAGUACGAGGAGGCAUUGAAGAGUGCAGCGAGGCAGGGGAACCGACUGCAUAUGAAUGUGUACGAGACUCGGGGCCAGCCGGCGAGGGUCCCCACCACUAAGGCCAGUGGAACAGAGCCCAAGAGGGGCUUCAGACCUCCACAGCACUGCCCCGCUCUGGCCCAGGUGGUCAGCCGCAAAGUCCAGGCUGCGGUACCUGAACAGGGCAUGGUGAUCUUGAAAGAAGUGAAGGGGACCAAAGAAGAAGACAAGACUCCUCCAGCCUGGUUCACCUCUUACAUGGAGAAGUUUAAGGACCAGGUGGUUCGCGAGGCGGUGGAGAAGAUCUGCCGGGAGUUCUCUGGACAGUGCUGCAUCCACAAGCCCCUGGGAGGAGCAGGAGGAGCAGGGGGAGCAGGAGGAGGUAGAGCAGAAGCAGUAGGAGGAGCGGAGGUCCAGCAGGUCCCCGAGGUUUCCUCCUCCACUUUGCCUGGGGCUCCAUCCUCCUCCACUCCUCCCUGCUCCUCCUGCAGGGGGCAGACCACCGGAGGAGGCUACCAGUGCAGUGUGUGCACCUCCUGCACUCUGUGUGAGCCCUGCAGUUUCUCUCAUGAUCCCAGUCACAACCUGGUGCGAGCCAGGACUCCUCUGUCCAUCCCGGAGCACGGAUCACCUGCCCCAGACCACAGCAGGUUCUACAGGCGAGGUGACCGCAGUUUCCGGAAGGCGGAGAAGCAGCGGCUGAAAGCAGAGAAGCGCCUGCUGAAGGCCGAGGUCAAAGAAAUCCGGAAACAGCUGAGGAUGGAGAGGCGGGGCAUACAGUGGAACUCCUCCCACAGAGAUGGAAGCUCCUCGCCAGUCCUUCUGCAGCCUCGAGCCACCCAGCACAACAGCCCUGAGCGUCCAAAGCGCCCCUGUCCCCUGGUGGUUCCAGCCAUGACAGCUGCAUUUCUGGACGAGAACCUUCCUGAUGGAACCCGCCUACGUCCUGGGACCAAGUUUAUCAAGUACUGGAAGAUGAGGAACACUGGAACGAUCGGAUGGAGCGCUGAUACGAAGCUGAAGUUCAUGUGGGGGAACCUGGCAGUGGGAUCUGGCGACCGUUGGAGAGAAGUGUCUGUUCCCUUCCUCCAGCCUGGACAGGUUGGUAUUGUCAGUGUAGCGCUGUGUGCCCCGGCUGUGGAGGGCUCCUACACCUCCCACUGGCGUCUGGCCCAUGCUGGAGAGCAGUUUGGACCCAGGGUCUGGUGCAGCAUCGUGGUCGAUCCUCUGGCCCCAGCACCCAUGAUGGCUGAUGGGAUACUAGUGUCACCCUGUGUCACACCACAGGGUAAGAACCCAGUGGCAAAGGAUGGAAAAGCCUGUGCAGCUUCUAGGGAGCAGUCAUUAAUGUCAGUGGACCAAGAAGAGUACUACAUCCCCUCUGUUGACCUGCUCACUGCACAGGAUCUUCUGUCCUUUGAGCUGUUAGACAUCAACAUCGUCCAAGAGUUGGAGAGUGUCCCAAACAACACCCCUGCCGACAUGACUCCCUGCAUGUCCCCUCUGCCUCAAGAUGGUCACCUGCAGGACAAGAGCAGUCCCUCUCUGGGUCUCAUCCAGGAAGAGACUGAAGUCAUCAAUAGCAUCAUGGACGUCCCUCAUGGGGCGGGAUCUGGAGCAGAAGGGGGAGGAGUCCCGGCUCAGGAGGAAGGGGAAGAUGACAUCAGUGGGACUCAGUUUGUGUGUGAGACUGUGAUUCGCUCAAUGACCCUGGAGGAGGCCCCAGACCACGCCCCUCUGAGAGGGUCCCGCUCCGGGACGGGAAAAGUGGUGCGUCCGGCUGCUCAGGGCGGCUCCUCCUCUUCUUGUGUGAAGAGUAAGACGGUGAAAACAGAGGAGACCACAGACAGCAGCCCCAGCAGCUCAAAAAGUGCCCUGAAACCACCGGCCACGCUGAAAGCUUCCCUCCCUCCCCCGCUGAAAGCCUCCCUGCCUGCUCCCCUGUCCGUGGCCCCGACCCCAGGACCUGGCCCCAGCUCAGCACCAACCCCGCUCCACGCUCUGCCCAGGGCCUCCACCCUGCAGGAGAACACAACCACAGAUGAAGGUGAGGAGUCCCGCAUGGAGAGAGAGAGAAACCCAGAGGAGGACAAGGAGAAAGAGGGAGAGGAGAAGAGAGAGGGGACGAGGAGUCGCUCCUCCUCCACCUCGUCAGAGGAUUACAUCAUCAUUCUCCCUGACUGCUUUGACACCAGUCGGCCACUGGGGGAGUCCAUGUACAGCUCUGCUUUGUCCCAGCCGGGUGAUAUCCCAGCCAAGAGCCCCACAGACCCAGAAACCCCGUCUUCUGACCACCUGGGCAGCUCCAUUCCAGAGGGUGAGCUGGGUAAUGUGGAUGAAGCCACUGUGGCUCCAGCGACAGGGGUGUCGGGCACCAGCAGCGCCAACGACAUGCUUUGUACGUCUCAGACGCUGGACGAUGAGCCGCUGACCCCCGAGGUGGUGACACCGCCUAAAGCCAUCAUCACGCCCAGUCCAGAGAGCAGCAGAGAGACAGAUGCUGACCCUGCUGCUGCUGUGGAAGGCGCAGAGAGCUCUGAGCUGUACCAAACUGAGGAUGCCUCUGGCCCUGAACAAACUGAGGCAGAUGAUACUGAAGCUACUGAAGACACAGAGGAGGACAACCCUGAGGACCCCAGGAAUCCAGGCAUCACCAGCGGACUGAUGAAAGGAGCUCUGUCAGUCGCUGCUUCUGCCUACAAAGCUCUGUUCACUGGACAAGGCCCCACACAGCCUCCAGUGGAUGCCUCCACCCAGGACACCAUGAUGGCCGUGCUGGUGGAGAUGGGUUUUGGGGACCGGCCGCUGAACCAGCGGCUGCUGAACAAAUACAACUACAACCUGCUGGAUGUGGUCAACGAGCUUGUUCAGAUGACCGACAAUGACUGGUACUCUACACGCUACUGACAAGAGGGAGAGCAAGAAGUGUGGGAGGAGGAAAAAAGGAGAGGAAAGGGGAUGAAACACAAGAAGGAAGAAGGGGAAAGGCUGGAAGAGAGAAAUUCAUUCCUCAUCUACCUUUUUGCCUUCUUCCCUCUGCCCAGCUCUCAUCUGAUUGGUCCAGUUGGAUGGAGAUCAUUUCUUCUUUAUGACCACAGGAGGAGACAUCCCAUCAAACUCUCUAGGAUACUGUACUGGACCAUGAAACACCCACUGUCUGUAGUGUUACAUUCAUCUUAGGCCUUGGUAGAGGCGAGGCAGAUGCCUUGCAUAGGAGCUUAAGAGCGAUGAAGAGACAUGUUUCUAAAGUCUCAGAGGAGCUAUGUGUAGCAUUUAGCGUCUCCCCAGACUAUGACCACAUAUCCCAUGAGUCUCACUGCAGUCUACACAGAGGGCGUUUCUCGCUUUAUUUUGAAAGGCAAGGAGAAGAGUACGAGCUGAUACAAGCUGUCAGUAACAGCAAAUAUGUCUUUUAGCCUGAUACAGUUCCAUCUCCAUGCUGUAGGCUAAUGUAACACACUUUACAGUUAACGUUAGAUGCAGCUCAGUGGCCAGAAGAGGCAAAUGUGCCCACAUUAAGAUAUUGCUCUGAUUUGUUAGCAUUCAAAUGCUACACACAGCCCUUUCCUGCCUUGCCCUGUUGACGGGACAGUGGCGAAACACGAGGCAGUGAGGCUAUAUUAAAUAUCCACAUCUGCACUGACAACAACAGUGAUGAGAUCCACAUCACAGGUCACCACCAUUUAAUCAGAGCAUGUGUUCACGUGCUCAUCAGUCACAGAUUGAAAAUCCACAUGGCGGUUACGGUGUGUUUUUCGGCAUGCACCGCACAGCUCAGAGUGCUGAUAUACUUGCUUUCAACUGCAUGAUUGAGCGAGCAUGAUGGUUCCUCAGGAGAGUCUGUGGUAUGCGUCGUCGAAUAUGAUCACUUCACAGUCUGCAAGCGAGCUCGGCUCCUGAACAGGAUGUGAUGUCAGGUCAGCAGCAGACUCUGAACUUCAAACCACCAUGUUAUGUUUACAUUGUGCAAAACCCAAAGUUCUGAGUGAAGAUUCCCCGUGUUGGCCAAGGAUGAUUUAAUCAAAUUAGUGUAAAGUGUAAUUCAUUAAGGACACUUUGUUGUUUUCAUUCUGGCGGUGCAAGUUGUCUGCGUCCAUAUGUAAUCCAGAAGACACGAGUGCAACCAGUGUGUUUCAUUAGUUAAUGCGGUUCUUGGCUUGGGACCGGGUCUUAAAUUUGGCGGGACCAGCUGGGUCUGUCCUUAAAGAUGCGGGUAUGAGCCCGGUUCAGGUCUAAUCUUCAGAUACACUUGCAGAAGAGAACCUUUUAUUGGUUCUGCUUGUGUUAGGCUGUUAUUGUUGUUGCAAAUCAGUGAGUUUUGUCACAAUAUUAGAUCUUUUUGUGACAUUAGAUGAACAUGAGCCUUAAGUAGUAUGAAAAUACCUUCAUUCGCAGGCAUUCAAGGCACUGGAUCAGCCAAAGCAGACACUCCCAUCUGGUCUGGGACUUUACAGGAUAUAUAUACAGUAUAUAUUGAUAUAGUGAUAUAGAUUUACAUAUACCCCUCAACACACAAAGCACAGUACCCAGGCAAGUACUGUGUGAACAGUGCUGCUUGCACUGGAGCCACUUGUCCAUGCAUUAAUCCUGGUGAAAAGCAAGUAUAUCAUGAGCCUCAGAGUUUGGUGCAAAGUGAUUAAGUGAUUAUCAUUUAGGUUUAAGUAUCUUAGAGUAUUGCUGCAUUUUCAGUAAUAUUAUUUUGUUGUUUUAUUACUUCUGUCAAAAUCACUGGAAUAUGUAUAUGUACACAUUCCCCUCUAAACUUUGAAUUUGGAGAUAGAGUUUGCACUUAAAAGCUUACAGGACACUGGGACCAUUAAUUCAGCAUAAACCUCUUUCCUCAUAUUGACUUUCGGCUCUGUCACUCAUCUUCAGCUUGACUUUCAAGCAUAUUACUGGACCUGUUUGUCGUCUUGAACAUGUUAGCUGCCUCUCACAGUGAGGAUUCUCUGUGUUCCCUGAACCACUUGGUCAGACUAAAGAUCUCAGCAUGCUUCAAAUGAACUAUUCUGGAGUCGUUAGUUGGACUCAGCCUUGUCUGGUUCUGUCAUUGGAAACAGAUCAGACACAUUUAAGGCGCUUUCAUCUUGUUUGGUUCAUUUUAAACAAACUAUUAGGUUUUCUUUGUUUAGGCAGGUGUGUUAAUGAACAAAAUGGACCAACCAAGGGAUUAUAUGACAGUAGGUGCAGCAUUUAUAUAUGAAGCAAUACUCAUAUUCAUGCAGUUUGGUAACCGUGGUAAUGCAUGCACUGCAGCAAGGGCGUUUGGUGAUUUUCUUUGAUACAUCAGAGAAUAAAAAGAAGUUCAAGGGAGGUGCGUUGAAUGCAUGUCCUAUUCAGGGCACUUUGGCAGUUCCUUUAAAAAGUGAGGCGUGGUGAUAUGACGUUACGUCCUGUUUCCAUCUCAGUGUUGUUCAGGCGCUGAUGGUGACAUCACCACAGCUUUGCAGUAAAUGAGUUACCCAUCAGUACAAAUGACUUCAUAUUUUCAACUCUUGGUUCGUUUGUAACAAAUGAACUGCAUUAAAUGUGUGACAGCUGCCUUAGAUGACCCAAUAAAUUCUUCGUUUGAAGCUUACUGAGGACUUCGGUUGAAAAUCAAGACUUUCCUCACAUUUUGUUCACUGUCUUUUCACAUCACACGUGACAGAGCUUUACAGACCAGCCUGAGACAAACGCCUGCUUAAAACGACCGUAUUUAGUUGAGUCAGAUAGUCCAAGUUUAAUGACUUCAGAUAGGAUCCAGCUAUAACGAGUCGGACCCUGUCGGCAGAGCUCAUAUGUGUUCAUAUCAUUUCACACUUGUGACAUUUGUUUUGUGCUUCUUCAAAGUGGUCAGGUGAGGACUGAUUCUCCUAAAGGGCGUGUACUUCCUUUGAUAGAGCACAUGAAGAGCAUGUACAGUACAGUGACAGUGAGGUCAUUCCAAGCUUAAACUGGAAAAAAACAGUGUGUAACAAUGUGAAAAUGUGUUUUUUUUCCCUUUCAAAAUGUAUGAAUAUAUACAGAACCUGCUAGUCAGAAGCUAUGACUAUCAGUUGACUUCAUUAGUUUAAGUUAAAAGUUCAGAUUGUUUAAGGUGUUUUUGCUUCGAAUGCUUGAAGGCUGUUUGGAAAUAGAAAAAGUAGAGCUGUGGAUGUUGUGUUUUUAGGCUUAUUGUGUGGUGGUUAAAUUUGCUCUGCUGUAUGUGUGUGUGUUAGUGUUUUCCUUUGUGAAAAAUUUUACUAGGUUGAUUGAAGAUUGUCCGUUCGUUUACCAGUGAGACGACUUGAAGGAUUUGGGGAUGGAGUUAACGAAAUAAUUGAAUAAAACAGCACUUGUUGUAGGAUAA